AUGUUCAAGUCUGUCGCUUUCGUCCUGGUGCUGGUGCUGGUGAUUGACACGAGCUUGGCUGUGGUGAAGUUUGAAAAUUUAAUGUACAACUUGAACAAGGACUACAUGCACGGCAAAGUGUUCAUCAAGAACGAGGGCGACAAGUACAUGUUCAACGCCGACGUUGAGGUGACGAAGAAGAUCGAGGGUAGCGUCAUGGUUACUCCGAUUUUGCAGCAUUUGAUCAAAGGCGAGUACCAGACGUUGGUAAACAUUGACCUGGACACCUGUAAAGUCGACCCCACAAUGUCGGAGAACAGCAUUGUACGUGCGAUUGCGAAGGAAUCGACACGGUUCAUCAAUUUCUCACUAAUGUGUCCCUACAACCCGGGACACUAUUUGUUGAAUGAUUUUACACUCGACUCCGACAGUCCGUUGCUGAAGCUGCUCGCAAGCGGUAAAUAUCGAAUGCAGCUCUCGGCUAACCACUUCCCGACCCCAGCUGCAACCCCCGCAGAAAUGUUUUCGUAUUCGAUUGAUUUCGAACUCUAUCCAACGACCGCCUAA